UGAUUUUAAUCCAGGUGCUGGAAAUCCCGAGUUUCCGGCUCCAAUUGAAAGCAGCAUUAUCCCCUUUUUCUUUUGUGUUUCAAAAUCUCCGCUGAGACCAGAAGUGACCCAGAGGAACUCUGUAAUCCACGCGGCGUGAACAAUUUAUCUUAUGUCGGUGGGAGUGGGAGCCGAGUUGUCUCGCGAUGAGGGCUUUUUUAAUCAGUUUCCCAUCCACCGCGCGUGCCGGGAUGGAGAUCUUAUGGCUUUGAUGUCAUUGUUGGAGCAGCUGUCAAACCAGGCUCAUCUGACCGCUGAGGACUCCUGCUAUGGAUGGACUCCCAUUCACUGGGCUGCUCACUAUGGACAGCUGGAGUGCGUGGUGCACCUGGUGCAGAUGGGGUGCGAGGUGAACACAGUGACGAGCCGCUUCAACCAGACGCCGACUCACACCGCCGCGUUCGGAGGGCACCCUCACUGUGUGGUGUGGCUCACGCAGGCCGGCGCCGACAUCAACAGACAGGACUGCGUCGGUGAGGCUCCCAUUCACAAGGCGGCUCGCUCCGGAAGCUUGGAGUGUGUUCAGGUCCUGUUGAUAGCCGGAGCAGAACCACACUUAAGGAACGCCAGCGGACAGACGGCAGCUGACCUUGCCCAAGCUCACGGAUUUCAUGACUGCUUCUGCAUCAUCUCCAACGCCCAGACACAGCUGGUCCAGCUCAGUGUGCUCCGAGACUGCGCCCCCUGUGGGCAGGGACAGCACUGCAGGAAGAGGCAGCAGACCCAAAAGGAGACCCAUCACAUGAAGAAGGCCCGGAGAGCGGAGGUGUUGGUGCAGAGCAGCGUUGGUGAUGAGGUGGAGACCAUGAGCAUGGAGCCGAGCUCAGACGCAAACACCAAAGCGUUCCCCGGCGCACAUCAGCCCACCCCUCCCUCUGAGGACACACAACCAGAAGAACGGCGCCACUCUCUGCCCGGUCCAGCUGAAAUGUGCGGCUCGCUGCACCUGGCCGGCAGCUCUGGCUCCAACCGGCCGGAACACUGGCGGCUGACAGGAGCCGACUGCGGGGACUCGCUGCUCUACGGACACUACCACGGCUUUGGAGACACGGCCGAAGACCUGAGCGACAGCGGCUGCAGGCAGCCUCUGACCAGCACCGUCCACCUCUACCACGGCUCGUAAAUGAAGCUGCCGAGACGCCGUUAGGCUCAGAGUCACAGCAGCAAGACUUCAGGAACUUUGGGGCUGAAUAGAGUUCAGGAGGUCAAACACACGAGUCAGGAACUGAAACAUCUUCAACGUCCUAAAGUCUUAAUUGUUCUUGUUUGUUUUCCCCAAUGUUUCAGACUUAAGAAUGGUCCUAAGAUUCAGUUUGGUCUACUUUUAACGGACAAUUUGGCAAAUAAGUCUGUGGAGAGAUGUGAAACACUCCAAAGAAUGUCCCCAUACUACGGGUCCAGUCAGGAGAAUGGUACCAGAACAAACGUGAUUUUCACGUUUAAAGCCACUUUGCUAACUGUACUGCACGGAACGGACACACCGUGACCCAGCCACGCUCCGAGACGUUCCAUCCGAGUCAAGUUGAACCUUCUUCAAAACAAACUAAAUUGGUGUCAAACAUUUGUGCAGCUAGAUUUUUCGCUCUGCUGCGAACAUUUUUACGUUUCCAGAGGUCAGACAAGGUCAACGAGCCCCUCCGAUAUUUAUAUCAAACUAAUUUGAAGUCAAACUGUGCUACUUUGUGCUGCUAAAAGUUUCCUCCACAAAUGUUUAUUUGGGUAAUGUGGAGGGGGGGGCCGGUCGAACCUUUGACCUCUUAAACUUCCAUCAAUAUCUUCAAAAUAAAAGCAUUUGCUUGCUUGAUUUGAAGGAGGUGGGGGACCAACUUCACUCAGGGAGACGCUCUACUUGGGCCUGGAAAACUAUGGAAUUGGGAGUUCAGUAUUUUUCAGAUCUUGAAGUAUGGAGAAGGAAAAUGAGCAUGUAAAAAUAUUUUUUUCCAGACAUUAUUCUCCUUCAUGCUGUCUAUACAUUGUCUCUUUUUUUCCCUGUGUCCUACUUUACUUUUUACAUUAUUAUUCAUUUUUUAUCUUUUCUCUCUGUACUUGUGUCCAUAAUUUGUGCCUUCAUUCCUUCAGUUUCCUCCUGAUGUCCUUCAGUUCUAUCGCCCUUACUUCCUUACAUCUUCUCUCAUUACUUUUUUGUUGUUCCUACCCUUCUUUCCUUUGUGAUUUAUCCCUUUAUUGGAACUUUGUCUCCACUUUUCUUUGGUUCUGUAUUUAGUUGUUGUUUUUUUUAGAUGCAUUUAAGGAGCUUGGAAAAUAAUCUGAAGAGCUGGGAGCUCUUGGAAAGCAUGGAACAUCGACAUGAGCAACUUGCAAGUUGCCAGGUUGGUUGCGGUAGCUCCUGUAAAACUGACGGUUUCUACCAGCCACCUCGUGUGGUGUAUUCACGUUUACACCGCCGCUGCUUUUGCACUAUGAGGGGUGGCCAGAUGAGGCCCCCCUCUGUCCAUCACCAAGAGGAUCUGCUGCACUGAAACUAAACUGAAGGCCUCGAUGUACCAAAGGGAACGUUUUGUACCGUGCUGUGACUCUGUCUCCAGGGACUUGAUCCAAACCUAUUUAUGUUUUACGAAAGGGGAACCUUGUGCUAAAAGGACAAGCCAUGUCAGCUGUGCUGCCACAACUGCCUUAAACCAGCAACACUGCUAUUCAGAGCUAGUUUUCUAUUUUGUCCUGCUCUUUCCUAAUAAAACCGAUUUUACACAUAGCGA